CGCAGAGAAGUGAGGGAGCUGUGGCGUGGGUGGACGGUCUGACCCUGAGACUAUGAGGGGACGUCAUCUGUAGUGGACAAGAUCCCUGGGAUCCGAACUGGGCAAUUCUUGGAAGAUGGAAGUGAGAAAGGGAUUUUUGUUUCCAAACUGGAUGUGAUUUCCCUAUUAGAAAGAGGAGAAGCCUCAUGGAUAUCAGAGGGAGAAGUUCCAAGAAGUACUUGUCCAGGAGCCACCAGAGGGCCUCACCAUCCGCAGAGAAUCGUUCUUCAACUUGGACACCAUUUUGAAUCUCUUCCAUCCAUCAUAGUUGUGAACAUCUUUGAAGAGAUGGUCCAGUGGUUUGGGGAUAUAUAUAUAUACAGAGAGAGAGAGAGAGAGAGUGAGAGAGAGAGAGAGAGAGAGAGAGAGAGAGAGAGAGAGAGAGAGAGAUUACUGUGGCUGAAGCAGCCAUUAUCUACCUUCAAUCAACUCUACCCAGAACAAGAAGACAUCAAAGAACCCAGAGUCUUUGGCCAGAAAAAGUCAGCUUGCAGACAACCAAAGCCUAUUCCAAGGAGAAAGCCUGGAGCCAGAGAGAAUGGCCCCUGGUACCCAGAGACCCUCAUCCCAGGAGUUGGUAACGUUCAAGGAUGUGGCUGUGGAUUUCACCAAGGAAGAGUGGUGCCUCUUGGACCAUUCUCAGAAAGAGUUGUACAAGGAGGUCAUGCUGGAGAAUGUCCAGAACCUUCUUUCUGUGGGAAUUCCAGUCUCUAGAGAAGAUUUGAGCUCCCCUUUCCAGGAAGAUUCAAUGAGCUCCUGUCCAGGUGCAGAGACUAGGUUUGAAGUGAAGGAGAUGACUACAAUGGUGAGCACUCUUAUGGAAGAAUUUGGCCAGCAUAGAUUUGAGAGUGAUGGGGCCUGUACCUUCAAUUUGAGAGAAAUCUGUUACUCUAAUACCAAGGUGGAUAAAAAUCCUAAAAGAAUAUGUGAUUUUGGUGAAAUUGGAAAGAGAUUAAUAGAAUCUAAAGUUAUAAAUAACAGUAAGAGAAUGACCUCAUGGAAUGACUCUUUUCAGGACAGUGAAGAUAAUAAAUGCUUUCCUAAACAACUAGAGUCUUUUAAUGCUCAGGAUAAGUUUCUUGAAAUGCAAAUGUAUCAAGGGAGUUAUCUGGAAAUGGCCAUGAAUUUGAAUUCUGAUGUCAUUACACAUCAGAAAAGUUAUAUUGGAGAAAUGCUUUAUGGAAGUAAUAAAGGUGGGAAAGCCUUCAGUCAGAAUUCUCAGCUCAUUACUCUUCAGAAAUCUCACAAUAGAAAGGAGCCUUUUGAAAAUAAGGAAUAUCACUCAUCUCUUCCUUGCUAUCCUAGAUUAUACCAUGGAAUGAAAAGAUAUGCAUGUCAUCACUGUGGAAAGACCUUUGCUUGCAACUCAGAUCUUAAUAGGCAUCGGAAGAUUCAUAUUGGAAAAAGGUUUUAUAAAUGUAAUCAGUGUGAAAAGACUUUCACACGGAGAUAUCAUCUCAUUACACAUCAGAGAGUCCACACUGGAGAGAAACCUUAUGAAUGCAAUCAGUGUGGAAAGACUUUCACAGUCGGCUCCAGUCUUGCUACGCAUCAGAGAAUCCACACUGGAGAGAAACCUUAUGAAUGUAAUCAGUGUGGAAAGACUUUCACACAGAGCUCCCAUCUUGCUAUGCAUCGGAAAAUCCACACUGGAGAGAAAUCUUACGAAUGUAUUCAGUGUGGAAAGACUUUCACACAGAGCUCUGGUCUUGUUGCACAUCAGAGAAUCCACACUGGAGAGAAACCUUAUGAAUGCAAUCAGUGUGGAAAGACUUUCAAACAGAACUCCAAUCUUGCUAAUCAUAAGAGAAUCCACACUGGAGAGAAAACUUAUGAAUGUAAUCAGUGUGGAAAGACUUUCACAGUGAGCUCCAGUCUUGCUACACAUCAGAGAAUCCACACUGGAGAGAAACCUUAUAAAUGUCAUCAGUGUGGGAAGACUUUCACAGUGAGCUCCAGUCUUGCUAAGCAUCAGAGAAUUCACACUGGAGAGAAACCUUAUGAAUGUAAUCAGUGUGGAAAGACUUUCACACAGAGGUCCACUCUUGCUAAGCAUCAGAGAAUCCACACUGGAGAGAAACCUUAAGAAUAUAAUCAAUGUGGUAAAACCUUCAGGCAAUAAUCAUCUCUUAUUUCCCACCUGAGAAUUCAUAUUAUUUAUAAAUCUUAUCCCUAUUAUAAAUGAUGAAAGGCAUUGAUGUGUUUUAGAGCUUGUUCAAAAUUAGAGAAUUCAUUUUUAUGAGCAGCUUUAUGUGAACACAUUGUGGGAAGGAUUUCAGUCAGACAUCAUAUCUUGCUUUAUCUCAGAGGAUUCACUGUAGAGAAAAGACUUAACUAAUAUGUUCAAGGGCAUUUGUCUGGAAGACAGUGAUGAGUAGAUAACGACAUUGAUACUAGAACGAAGAUGUAUAAAAGCAGUGAUUGUGGGAAGGGUUUCGCCUAGAGCUCAUACUUGACUGUAAUUUGGGGCAAUCAUGCUAGAGAUAAAACUUAGGAAUCUAAAUAACAAGGGAAGUCAUCCUAUUGCAGCACAGAUGUCAUUAGACCUCCCAACAAGAGACCUCAUUAAACAUCCCAAAUUUCAUACUGUUUAUAAAACCCUAUAAAUGUAUUUAAUUUUCCAAAAUCCUACUAUUUGUCAUUACUCCUCAAUAUUUUAUGGCAUUCAUAUAUUUAUCAUCUCUUCAGCCAUUUUCCAAUUAAUUGGUAAUCACUGUGUUUCCUGCUUUUUGUUGCUACAAAAAUUCCUGGUAAGAGAGUGGGAUGAAUGGGGGGUGAGUCUACUGGAGAAGUCAGGAUAGAAUGGGGCCACUAGUGCAUAUAAUAGGGUUUGCUUUGGCAAGGAAAUGGGCCAUUACUUGGCAUGAGGCAGACAUGAAAAAGGAGAUAGUUGAGAAGAAAACUGAUGGGAGAUGAAGAGUGGAGAAGAUGGAGUUUUGUAGCAAAUGGCAAGGUGUUCAGUGAAGAAGGUGACAGGAGGAAAGCUAUGGAACAUUUAAGGAGUGAUGGAAAGAUUUGGACAAGGGACUGUGGUGAGUGGAAUAGGGAAUACAUUGUUGUUUUUGCUGUAUAGUCAUGUCAGGCAUUUUGUAGCCCCUCGACCAGAAUCUUCUAUCUCUACAAUUUCCCAAAGUCUUUCCAGGGUAUCGUUUAUAGCUUCUACAACACUCUCUAUCCAUCUUAUCUUCUGCAGUCUCCUUUUCCUUUUGCAUUUAAUCUUUCCCAACAUAAGGGUCUUUUGGGAUGAAUUUUGUCUUCUCAGUAGAUGGCUACAGUAUUUAAGCCUUAGCUUUCAGUAUUUGAUCUUCCAGUGAAAAGCCUGAAUUAAAUUCUGUAUGUAUUGAUUGGGGGAAAAAAGACAUUACUGCGGAGGGGGCAGAGCCAAGCUAGUGGAGGAAAGGCUGUAACUUUUGGAACUCCCACAUACCUUCA